UGUGCUUUCUGCAGCCACGCAUAUCUAUAUUUGUCUACGUAGUAUUUUAAAGUUAUGAGUUAGUCGACCAUUGUCCCAUCGAAUCCAAAGCUGUGAAUUCAUUAAUACAGUAAAUGUCUGCUUAUCUUACCUGCAAUUUUCCUGGAUGCGGAGCAGUGGUGCAAGAGUUCGCAUGGAUCACUUCAUGCUCUCAUGUGUUCUGCAAUGAGCACGGCCAGCUCGAAUUCUCCUCCAGACGCCGCGAAAGCCGAUGCCCUUUGUGUUCCACGGAGCUUCCUGGUCAGUUAGAUGUUGUUAAAACAGAAAUUAGCCCUUCGGAGCAAUACAAAUCGAUGAUCUUAGCCGGACAGAAACCAGAGGUUGUGGUGGAAAUAGCAUCUCGAGCAUUGGCUUUGUGGCACUACCAGACUCAGCUGGUGUUCUCUCGAGAAAAACAGGAAAGACUGGCAGCCGACAAGAAAACACAGGAAAUGGUUGCAAAACUAGCCCAGGAAAAAGCCGCACUGGAAAUGGACUUAAAAAAUGCAGAAAGGGAAAUUGACGAAUUGCAAAAGAAAAACAGUGAUCUGGAAAAUAUUCUCGCGGAGAAAACACGUCAAAAUUUGAAACUAAGCGCUGCGUACGACGCUCUGCGAUGCCGCCUGACAGAGCAGGACGCCAGUCGGCAAAUGUUGACGAAUUCGCGCUGCGCACAGGAGCAUCCUCUUGACCACAAUCAGCGAACACUCCCGUUGCAAAACAAAGGCACUGCUCGCUCUGCAGAUUACUUCCCUUCCGAGGCAAAUCCAAAUACACCUCCUGUGCAAUUUCGCGGUACCAUAGCUGCUAAUCGUAAUAUGCUUCAUUCACGGCAACAUAUGGGUCCGCUGCAGACAGCAGAGCAUAAUGAGCACAGUCAUUUCCCGUUCUUACUGGGCAAUACCAACACCGAGCAGCAUCAGAAUCGAAUCCGUUUACCAAUGGCGCAAAGAGCCUCAACCCGGAGCAUACCAUCUGACCCUUCCGGCAUGCCCAGAUUUAAUUUGAAUUUUUAACUGCCAUGCUGGAGAAGAUUAUCGUUUAUUUAUUGUUGUUUUCCUUACUUUAUGUUUGCCUUGUAUAUAUUGCCAUGGUGGUGCGAUAAUUUUUUGUGAAGUUGCACACAGGUAAUUGUACUCGCAGUUUAUCAAUUUUUAUUCAAAUUGAACGAGUUAGCACUUCCUCAUCGGUCAGUUAUUACUGCAGAAACGCAGCUGUAGGCUUUUGUGCCGUAUGGUCUCAUAAUAUUUUGCACAUGGUAAUCUUAACUGAUCUACCGAUACUGAUCGAUAUUCUGAAUAAAGUAAAACAACGAAACGUACUAAGUAUCGUGGCACUUUCAGGUACAGUCCGCAGCAGUGGU